AUGUCGCCCUCCCUCGCUGUCUUCUUCUAUCUAUGCCCUUCUACUUCUCCCUCGCUGGGGGCCAUGAUACCUUCAAUUUUCGUUUGCAUUUCAUUAGCUAAUUUGUUUCUUUGGGAUGCGAAUUCAAAUCACAUGUUCUUCUUUGGCAUUUUGGAGGUGGAAUUCAGGUUGUAUUACAGGAGAGUGGAGGAAGGGAAACAAUAUCCAAUACUCUGUAGGAGAUUAGCUAGCUUAAACGAAGAGUUCAUUUCACAUAAAAGUCCAACAGGUGGGUUCGAUUUCAUCUCCGGGAAGAGGAUUGAACAAAAACUCAUCGAUUACAAUCAAGAAGCAGAAAGAUUUUCGGGAAAUUCCAAUUCUAGUUAUGCAUAUGAAGAGAUAUUAGAAGUCUCACCUCAUCAUCGAUUCAUUGCAUACACCAUGUAUGACAAAGACAACGAUUUCUUCAAAUUAUGUGUGAGAGAUUUGAAUUCAUGUUCUCUUUGUAGCAAGCCACAAGCUGAUUGGGUCUGUAAUGUGGCAUGGGCUAAAGGGGGUCAAUCAUUGCUAUAUGUUGUCACUGAUAAAAAAAAGAAUCCUUACAGGAUAUAUUGUAGUAUGCUUGGAUCAAAGGAUGAAGAUGUGAUACUCUUAGAAGAACCUAAAGAAAAUGUGCAUGUUAACAUCAGAUAUACCAAGGAUUUUAAGUUUGUGACUGUUUAUGUGUUUUCAACCACAUAUUCAAAGGAAUGUGAAGCUUGUGCACAUUGCAUUAUCGAGCAUCAUCAAGGCUAUCUUUAUCUUUUUACCAAUGCUAACAAAGAAGGGCAAUCAGUAAAUUACCAUUAUAUCCUUUGUAGCCCUCUUCACUCUUCAAGUCCAAGAAAGUGGGAGGAUGUGUUCCAUCUUAAAGAGUUGGGAUUACAUUUUCUUCCUCUUCAAGAAUCUGUUUCCCAAAUCUCACAUGGACCAAAUUAUGACUUUUAUUCACCAAUCAUGCGAUUUACAAUUUCAUCACCUGUGAUGCCUGAUGCAGUUGUUGAUUAUAAUUUAUCAAAUGGGGAAUUUGAAAUCAUUCAACAACAAAACAUGCUUCAAGAAAGAACAUGUGUUUUAUAUGGCACAGCUUCUGUGGGACCCACAAUAGAUAAUAAAUCAAAUAGUAAUAACUAUGGGGAGUCAAAGUCAUGGAAUGAUCUUUCUGAGUUUUAUGGUUGUGAAAAUCAUUAA